AUGCUUCCGAAUGAAACGCCGCCCCGUUGUCCAUCAGUAGUUCUUCCACGGGACCUCUCUCUAAAAAUAUCCCGUUCAGGAUCUGCACGAUCUCGUCAGCAAUGCCCGAUCUCAACCUCCUCCAAAUGGCCAGCCGGCCCGGCCCACAGUCGACCAUGGAGAAGUACAUUCGCUGACGAGCUCAUACAUACAUCCCAGGCUUUGGCACAAAGAGGAUCUGGAAAUGUGACAUGGGCUCUAACUUCUCAAACAUUUCUCAAUGUUGUAAAAGAUCUUGGCAUUCCUUGUGUUGCAGGAGAUUUUGAAUCAGAUAGUCAGAUCAUGCUUUUGGCUAACCAAUGGAAUUGUCCAGUGCUUAGCAAUGAGAGUGAUUUUUACAUUUAUGAUGUAACUGGAGGAUUUAUAAUACAAGUUAUUUAUGGUAUUUUACUUUUUGAUAAUGUUGAUAAAGAAUCAAGAAAGGAAUCAUUUAUUGAAGAAUAUGACAGAGUUGGUUGUAACUAUAAAAAGAAAAAAGUUAAUCCAGUUUUUACCAUUCCAGACUUUGGGCCUCUCCCAUCACUGAGUGACAUUUUAUCAGCCACUCUUGAUAUCAAACACAUUAUAUUGUUAACCUUAGGUUCAGACUUGGAGUUUUUAAAAGAAUUUCCUGAAGAGUUAAAAAUAGUUGCUAUUACCAUUGUGUAUUGGGUGAAGAAUGCUAACCAUGAAAUUCAUAAAGCUAUGGUGACAGUUUUGGUUCUAUGCAAUAUAUAUAUCUGGGUAAAAAUUUCAAAGGAUAAAACAGAGAAACAAAGUAUUUCUUCAAAGCUCUGCUGGAAAUGA